AUGUCAACGACGAACGGCACUUCGAUGCCGGAAGGCUGGCAUUCUGGACCCAAUGAUUCAUGGCACGGUUUCGUCAGCCAAGAUGGUCCUUUCCUUCCGGAGAAGGGCAGAUAUCACCUUUACAUCGGCCUCUUUUGCCCCUUUGCACACCGAGCGAACUACGUUCGAGAACUGAAGCAGCUUGAGAAGUACGCUGGCAUCGACGUGAGCAUUGUCAAGCCAUAUCCCAAAGGCAACGACAAGGGUUGGCCAGGAUGGCGUUUCAAUCAUAAAGACGAGACAGACUACGAUGGGGCCACGGAGGACAAACUAUUUGGGAGUCAGUUCUUGCAUGAGGUCUACUUCAAGAGCGAUCCGGACUACAAGGGGCGCUACAGUGUACCCGUUCUUUGGGACAAGAAGCUCAAUACAAUCGUGAACAACGAGUCGGCCGAGAUCUUGCAUUGGCUUCCUGCAGCCUUCAAUGAGCUUUUGCCGAAAGUAUUAGUAGAGAUCUCCUUGUAUCCAGGCGAGCUUGAGAAGCAAAUUGACGCUGUUGCCGGCUGGAUGAGCGACCAUCUGAAUACUGGUGUCUAUAAAGCUGGCUUUGCACCUGACCAGGAAACCUACAACAAGAACCUCCCGCCUGUCUUUGCUUCACUAAACAAACUGGAGAAGAUUGCGAAACAGAAUGGCGGCCCAUACAUCCUGGGCAAGCACAUGACUGAGCUCGAUGUUCGUGCCUACGCAACCCUCAUUCGCUUCGAUCCAGUCUAUGUACAGCACUUCAAGUGCAAUCUCGGCAUGAUCAGGUACUCAUACCCAGUCCUACACAAUUGGCUCAAAGGCAUGUACUGGAACCAUGCCGAGGCUAGGAACACCACGGACUUCAGGCACAUCAAGGACAAUUACACCAAGAGCCAUCCUGAUAUCAACCCGUUAGCGAUCACGCCCAUGGGUCCUUGGCCGAAUAUCGACAAGGGUUACGAGAGUGACUGGAGCAAGAUUGAGCCUGGUUGUAUCGAUAUGCCCGAGGUGCUUGAUUGGGAGAAGAAGCUUGGCUGA